CGUCACGACAAACAAUGGCAGCCAGUGGUACAGCUGUGACGGUUCUCACUCCAAAUGGGAGAAGACAAACAGUUAAAGUGUCUCCAAACACGCCGUUAUUACAGGUGCUGGAGGAUGUCUGCAAAAAACAUGGGUUUAACCCCGACGAUCACGGUUUAAAGUUUCAGAGGACUGCUGUUGACCUCACACUUCAAUGGAGGUUUGCCAACCUGCCCAACAAUGCGAAACUGGAAAUGGUGACAAGUACAAGGAAACAGGCUGUAGCUGACAGCCAGGUGCGGAUUGCACUACAGAUGGAGGACGGUUCUCGGCUCCAGGGUUCCUUCUCCUGUGGACAGAGUCUGUGGGAACUGCUCGCACAUUUCCCCCAGAUCAGUGUGUCGACGCUGUCUGAGUCAGGAUCCACCCCUGUGUGUGUUUACAUGAGAGAUGAGGUGAGUGGGGAAGAAGCACUCAAGAAGGCCACUCUGAAGUCUCUGGGUCUUACAGGAGGAAAUGCCAUCAUCAGGUUCUUACUCAAAAAGAACAAAGCACAGGGAGAGGAAGGUGGCCGAGAAGCCACUGAAACAGCUGCUAUGCCAACUACACCUGUUGCCAAGGAAACCACACCUAGCCCAUCACCUCAGCCCGAUCCUGCUCCGUCAACUACACCUGUUGCCAAGGAAACCACACCUAGCCCAUCACCUCAGCCCGAUCCUGCUCCGUCGCAGCCAGAGACGUCCACAACAGACGUGCCGACUAAAAAGUCGAGCCCCCAAAGGCCAAUCGAAGAAGCCCACCCUGCUCCAACUCCCGCUCCUGCCGCGAGCAGCACCCUCCCUGUUCAACAGGAAGAGGUUCCGAACUCCCUUCAUACAGUUCGGUCAAAGAUUCCUCCCGUCGAGAGAGGAAGGCCAGAGGAGGAUGGCGAGGAAGCGGGCCCAUCAGGACUGAACUCUCACCCAUCUUCUUCCUCCUCCUCCUCCUCCUCCUCUUCCGCUCCCUCUGCUCCUUUCAUUCCCUUCUCUGGAGGCGGUCAGCGCCUCGGGGGUCCCCAGGGAGGUGCAGUGGGACGCUCACUCUCUUCAUCCGCAUCAUCCUCUUCACUGCCAGCUCUGACUGCAGCAGUAGAAUCACCCAAAGCCAAGAAAGCGAAAUCCAGCCACGGUUUUUUUCCUAGCACCAAGGCCGAUUAUUUUUUUUUUUUUUUUUUAGCUCAAACCACUGCCAACCAGCCAGACGAGGACAUGGAUCAGGGGGAGGAGUUCUUGGAGCCAGUAGAGAGGGAGCUUCUCAUCUACCACCUGGACGCAAUGUCCUGUCGCUCUGAGGACCAGAGGGAUCUGCCUGACGAGUUCUUUGAAGUGACGAUGGAUGAUGUGCGCAAGCGCUUCGCCCAGCUGAAAAGCGAGAGGAAGUUACUGGAGGAGGCUCCGCUAAUGACAAAAUCUCUGAGAGAAACGCAGGUGAAGGAGAAGAUGAAAAGAUAUCCCAAAGUGGUCCUGAGGGUCCAGUUUCCAGACAGACAUGUGCUACAAGGCUUCUUCAGGCCCCUGGAGACAGUUGCUGCCGUGAGGCAUUUUGUGAGGAGUCACUUGGAGGAUCCUCAGCUCAGUUUCUACCUGUUCAUCACCCCCCCAAAAACCAUCCUUGAUGACCCCUCAGCUACACUGUUUCAGGCCGACCUGUUUCCAGGUGCUCUGGUGUACUUCGGCUCUGACGCUAAGACAGAUAUUUACAUUAAGAAGGAGCUACUUGAAUCCUCUGUCUCGGCCUCGCAAGCAAAUGAAUCCUUUGCAAGCUGCAUGCUCCGGUCCCCAACGCCCUCCUCUAGCUCUGAGGGCCCCGAGGAGCCGCUGCCUCCUCCAGAGCCGAAGGCUGACACCAGCGGGGCCCCACAAGAAGAGAGAGACCCAUGUGCACCCACCCAGGCUGCUAAACCUACCAGAUCUGACCCGUGCAAGGUGCCCAAGUGGCUCAAGCUUCCAGGUAAAAAAUAAGACGGCUGCGUGUGUUGAUGGGAGGAGUUACCAUGAAAGACUUCUGACAAGCUGCUUGCAGACUGAGUAGAGCACUUAAACCUUUGCCGCGCUUUGAUAAAGGCUCAACUUUGGGACAGCUGCGGAAGAAGCCUGCACUUCACUAGGUUUUAAAACGGUCAAAGUAAUGAGAGAGAGACUGCACUAAAUAGUGAAUAUUUCAUUGCUCAAAAGAUUGUUGUGAUUCAUUCCGGUUGAUCUCUAGGAGGAGAGAGUGCUGAAGAGGCUGCAUUUAUUCAGCAGGUGAAAAUGUUGUGCAAAGUGAAUAAAGAUUGUUGAAUUAAAA